AUGGAAGAGAUCCCCGCACACGCUGCCGUGUUGUACCACAGUUUCACGUCUAAUGUAAACAACUUGCAACUAACGCUUGAAGCCGCAGUCUUCUCUUCUUCACACUUUCCUCACCGCUGCCGCCCCGCUGCUCCCGCAGUCAUGCGCAUCUUCCUUCUCUCAGGGCAGAGCAACAUGGCCGGCCGCGGCGGCGUGCACCACCGACGGUGGGACGGGGUCGUGCCGGCAGAGUGCGCGCCGGACCCCUCCAUCCUCCGCCUCUCCGCCGCGCUCGCAUGGGAAGAGGCCCGCGAGCCGCUGCACGCCGACAUCGACACGACCAAGACCUGCGGCGUCGGCCCCGGGAUGGCCUUCGCCCGCGCCAUUCUCCCGCGGCUGCAGCCCCCAGGCACCGCCGGGGUCGGGCUCGUACCGUGCGCCGUCGGCGGCACGGCCAUCCGGGAGUGGGCCCGCGGGGAGCACCUGUACGAGCAGAUGGUGCGGCGCGCGCGCGCCGCGACCGAGUGCGGCGAGAUCGAGGCCGUGUUGUGGUACCAGGGGGAGAGCGAUGCAGAGUCCGAUGCCGAAACGGCGGCGUACCAGGGGAACGUGGAGAGGCUGAUAGCAAAUAUCAGGGCAGAUCUUGGGAUGCCGCAUCUACCAUUCAUUCAGGUUGCUCUCGCAUCUGGGAAUAAAAGGAACAUUGAAAAAGUGAGGGAGGCUCAGCUUAGCAUUAACUUGCUGAAUGUUGUAACUGUGGAUGCAAUUGGUCUGCCCUUGAACGAAGAUAAUCUGCAUCUUACCACUGAAGCACAAGUAAAGCUUGGAGAAAGUCUUGCACAAACCUACAUCAGUAACUUUUUACAAGCAACCUGCUAG